CAUCCAUGGACUCUUCUUCCACGAACCCCUUUCGUUCUCUCCAUUAUUUAGCUCUCCGGAUUCAUCUCAUUUCUGUCCAUCCCAUUCCCAGUUUACUUUGAUUUCUUUCUUCUCAUCUCUUCUUCUUCGAUUUCAUUCACAGAACCAGAAUAUUCAGCUAUGGCAGGACGAAAGGCAGUAGAUUUUGAAGAUUACUUGCCGACUAUGGCCGAGAAAUUGGGUGGCGAGGGAUUGAUUGGAGAGCUCUGUAAUGGGUUUCGAUUAUUGAUGGACCCAGAGAAGGGAGUCAUUACAUUUGAGAGCUUGAAGAGUAACUCUGCUCUGUUAGGGUUGCAGGGAUUGAGUGAUGAUGAACUGUUGUCUAUGUUGAAGGAGGGUGAUUUGGGUGGUGAUGGAGCUCUUAAUCAGAUGGAUUUUUGUGUUUUGAUGAUUAGAUUAAGCCCUAAAUUGAUGGAGGAAUCAGAGAAGUUGCUGGAAGAAGCUUUGUUACAGGAAUUGAAGAAUCCAUAAAUUUUGUUCUUUGUUUUUCCUUUUGGUUUGUAAUUUUUUUGCUGGAUUUUUCUUUCCCAUUUGUUUUCUUCACUUUUUAC